ACGCAAUGAGCGAAUAUGUGCAUGUUUGCCAGGAGAAGAAAGCUUCAGUCCGGCUUGAAAACAACCGUGUCGAAGCUCGCCAGCGCGGUGCAAAUGUCGAAAAGGAGCCAGCACAAAGACGAUGGGACGCCGGGGAGCAAGAAGAACAUUUCCCUCCCCGUUUCUAGAGUGAGGCUCAUCAUGAAGAGCUCGCCGGAUGUGUCCAACAUUAACCAGGACGCGCUCUUCCUCACCACCAAGGCGACGGAGCUGUUUGUGCAGCAUUUGGCGCUGAGCUCGUUGAACCAGCAAAACAACAGCUUGACUUACAGCGACCUCGCUAACACCGCAGAGGAGACGGAAACACUACAAUUUCUCACAGAUAUUCUUCCGAAGAAGAUCCUGGCCCGUGAUUACCUCAAGUCUUUGGAGGACAUGCAGGACCAGGAAGAAGCAGACCUGUGAAGCAAACAUCACUUUGCUUUUGUCCUUCAAAGCUUUUAAAAUGACUUGGCAGCGUUAUGUUAGCACUAGCAUGUUAGCAGUUAUUUGUUAGCAUGCGAGCACAUGUAUGUUAGUGGUUAGCACUAGCAUGUUAGCAUUAACAUGUUAGCUGUUAGUGUUAGCAUGUUAGCAGUUAGCAUGUUAGCACUACCAUGUUAGUGGUUAGCAUGUUAGCACUAGUAUGUCAGCUGUUAGCAGGCACAUGCUAGCUGUUAGCAUGUUAACACUAGCAUGUAAGAUGUUAGAAUGUUAGCUGUUAGCAUGCCAUCAUUAGCAUGUUAGUGGUUUACAUGUUAGCAUGUUAGUGGUUAGCAUGUUUAGACUAACAUGUUAGCUGUUAGCAUGUUAACAUUAGUAUGUUAGCGCUUAGCAGUUUAGCACUAACAUGUUAGCUGAGAGUACUAUCAUGUUAGCAGUUAGCAUGUUAGCUGUCAGCAUGUGAGCACUAGUAUGUUAGUGGUUAGCAUGUUAGCACUAGUAUGUCAACUGUUAGCAUGAACAGGCUAUCUGUCAGCAUGUUAGCACUAGCAUGUAAGAUGUUAAAAUGUUAGUUGUUAGCAUGCUAUCAUUAGCAUGUUAGUGGUUAACAUGUUAGCAUUAUCAUGUUAGUGGUUAGCAUGUUUAGACCAACAUGUUAGCUGUUGGCAUGUUAACACUAGUAUGUUAGCGCUUAGCAGUUUAGCACUAACAUGUUAGCUGAGAGUACUAUCAUGUUAGCAGUUAGCAUGUUAGCUGUUAGCAUGUGAGCACUAGUAUGUUAGUGGUUAGCAUGUUAGCACUAGUAUGUCAACUGUUAGCAUGAACAGGCUAUCUGUUAGCACUAGCAUGUAAGAUGUUAGAAUGUUAGCUGUUAGCAUGCUAUCAUUAGCAUGUUAGUGGUUAACAUGUUAGCAUUAGCAUGUUAGUGGUUAGCAUGUUUAGACCAACAUGUUAGCUGUUGGCAUGUUAACACUAGUAGAGUACUAUCAUGUUAGCAGUUAGCAUGUUAGCUGUUAGCAUGUGAGCACUAGUAUGUCAACUGUUAGCAUGAACAUGCUAUCUGUUAGCAUGUUAGCACUAGCAUGUAAGAUGUUAGAAUGUUAGCUGUUAGCAUGCUAUCAUUAGUAUGUUAGUGGUUAACAUGUUAGCAUUAGCAUGUUAGUGGUUAGCAUGUUUAGACCAACAUGUUAGCUGUUGGCAUGUUAACACUAGUAUGUUAGCGCUUAGCAGUUUAGCACUAAUAUGUUAGCUGUGAGUACUAGCAUGUUAGCAUAUUAGCAUUAGCAUGUUAGCAGUUAGCAUGCCAACGCCAGCAUGUUAGCUGUUAGCAUGUUAACACCAGCAUUUUAGCUGUUAGCAUGUUAGCAUGAAAGCAAAACAAACAACUUUGCAUCUUCAAAGAUUGUGUGCAUUGGUGUUAAAUAGAUGUAAACAAUUGAAAAAGCGUUUUAUUGGCUGUAAAAUAUCAAAGUUAUAUUUUCCCACGUCUUACUUCCUGUUAUGUUGCUGAUUAAACGUUUCCC